AUGUUUGUCGCGGAUGCGGGUAAAAUGGCGGCGGUUGGCGCUAGCGGCCCUCACCAGCAGCCACCGCAAGCACAGCCUCAGCCCCAGGCUCCGCAGCAGCCGCCUCAAUAUACGGACGCCUGGUAUUUGGCUCUGCUGGGCUUCGCCGAGAACUUCCGCACGGCCAGCCCGCCGAAGAUCAAAUUGUGCGUUCAUUGCCUGCAGGCCAUCUUUCAGUUCAAGCCGUCGCAGCGCAUCGAGGCCCGCACCCACCUGCAGCUCGGCAGCGUCCUGUAUCACCACACUAAGAACACGGAGCAGGCCCGCUCGCACCUCGAGAAGGCGUGGUUAAUAUCCCAGCAAAUUCCGCAGUUUGAAGAUAUAAAAUUUGAAGCAGCCAGCCUUCUCUCAGAGUUAUAUUGCCACCAGAAUCUGGUUGAUUCAGCAAAACCACUUUUACGCAAAGCAAUCCAGAUCUCUCAGCAGACACCUUACUGGCAUUGUCGACUGCUCUUUCAGCUUGCACAAUUGCACACGUUAGAAAAAGAUUUGGUUUCAGCAUGUGAUCUCUUAGGAGUUGGAGCUGAGUAUGCAAGAGUAGUGGGAUCAGAAUAUACCAGAGCACUCUUCCUCUUGAGCAAAGGCAUGCUGCUGUUGAUGGAACGGAAACUGCAGGAGGUUCAUCCUCUGCUGACUCUAUGCGGCCAGAUUGUAGAGAACUGGCAGGGAAAUCCCAUACAGAAGGAGUCUUUGCGUGUCUUCUUUCUGGUACUACAAGUCACACACUACCUGGAUGCAGGGCAGGUGAAAAGCGUGAAGCCCUGUCUGAAGCAGCUGCAGCAGUGUAUUCAAACCAUCUCCACAUUACAUGAUGACGAAAUCUUACCCAGUAAUCCUGCAGACCUCUUUCACUGGCUACCCAAGGAACAUAUGUGUGUCUUGGUUUAUCUGGUGACGGUUAUGCACUCCAUGCAAGCUGGAUACUUGGAGAAAGCCCAGAAAUACACCGAUAAAGCACUCAUGCAGUUAGAAAAGUUAAAAAUGCUGGACUGCAGCCCCAUUCUCUCCUCAUUUCAAGUCAUGUUAUUGGAACACAUCAUCAUGUGUCGACUUGUAACGGGCCACAAAGCCACCGCUCUCCAAGAGAUUUCUCAGGUCUGCCAACUGUGUCAACAGUCUCCCAGGCUAUUUUCCAACCAUGCUGCCCAGCUUCACACACUACUGGGUUUGUACUGCAUCUCUAUAAACUGCAUGGACAACGCUGAGGCACAGUUCUCAACAGCACUUCAGCUGACCACACAUCAGGAGUUGUGGGCAUUCAUAGUCACAAACCUAGCCAGUGUCUACAUUCGAGAGGGAAACAGACUUCAGGAGCUAUACGGUCUGCUGGAAAGAAUAAACCCAGAUCACAACUUCCCCGUCAGUUCCCACUGUCUCCGAGCAGCUGCCUUCUACAUCCGGGGCCUCCUCUCCUUCUUCCAGGGACGGUACAAUGAAGCGAAGAGGUUUCUACGGGAAACUUUAAAAAUGUCAAAUGCAGAAGAUUUGAAUCGGUUAACAGCUUGUUCCUUGGUGUUACUGGGUCACAUCUUCUAUGCCCUUGGAAACCAUAGGGAAAGCAAUAACAUGGUGGUACCGGCCAUGCAGCUGGCCAGCAAGAUCCCAGACAUGUCAGUGCAGUUGUGGUCAUCGGCAUUGCUGAGGGAUCUGAAUAAGGCAUGUGGGAACUCCAUGGAAGCCCAUGAAGCUGCUCAGAUGCAUCAGAAUUUUUCUCAACAGCUUCUCAACGACCACAUAGAAGCUUGUAGCCUCCCUGAACACAAUCUGAUCAAUUGGACAGAAGGGCCGCUCCCUAUGCAGUUCCAAGCUCAGAAUGGACCCACCACCAGCCUCGCUAGUCUACUAUGAACCGAAGGUGUAACUUCUGUGGAACCCAUCACCCCUCAAACCAGGCAACAUAUGAAACAGGAUUUAAAUAUCGCCUUCCUAAUCACUGGUGGGCAAGCAGACCGGGAGAAUGUUUGUUUGUAGUGGUCCAGUAUUCUCCACACCUUUAUCUGCUUGUUUCGGCAGUUCAGCCUUUCCCUGUGCUGAGCACUUGGAUGCAAAGAAAAAAGCUUUGGUUUGAAGAUGGGAAUCAUUAUUAUCUCUUCUUAACCCAAACAUGUUUAUUUGCUGAGUUGCCUGUUUUCUCAACUGGUCAGUUUCUAAGCAACAAGUAAUUUGUUCUCCAGCUGGUGAGAGGCUGGCUGGGGCCGACCCCUCUUUGGCACUGAAUGUUUUCGACCAUCUCAAUUGGUGCCCAGGCCCUGGUUGCCAUGGGAACUGCCCCAUCUCGGAAUAGUGGAGUCGUUAGAGCAGGAGUUGGUAACUGGUAAAUAGUUUUGCGGAGUUGGUGCUGAUGACCUUUCCUUGCGGUGCUCACUAUUAGUUCUGAUAAAAUGGCUGGACCUUCUGUGCAGGGAAAGUUCUGAAGCUUGCAAUUAAUCCUCCUGUACCUGGAGUUCACGUCCAUGUUUAACAUUGUUUGGCAGGCUUUGUUCCUGCAGCUCAGAGGUGUUUCUUGAGACCAGUGUUUGUGGUUGCUUGGUCAGGAAUCUCCAAUUAACCAUGUAAUGUUCUGACUCUGCAGUCUGAUGUGUGGCCUCCUUUCUCCCCUCCACCCUGAAAUCCACACUCACUCCCUCCCUCCCUCCCUCCCUCCACUGUUCACUCUGCUUCCCCCAACACUCCCUCCCUACCUCUCUCCAUUGUUCACUCUGCUCCUCCCAACACCUCCAUCAGCACAGCUGGUCGUCCUGCCAAUAAUAGAUCAUGGAUUCGUUGUGCAGAAACUAUUGGACCCAUUGAGUUAUUUCUAUUUAUUCCUGUGCUUUUAUCUAAUAGAGAAAUAGUUCUGAGAGCUGUGCUCAGCAGUCAUAUUGAAGGGAGAUUGCCUUAAGUUGUCUUGUCAUGUGGUGCUCCCCUUCCCCUUUUUGUUCGUCCCUUCACAGUUGCCCUCUAUCUGCAGCUGUCAUUGUUUCAUGAACAAAGUCAAUAGUAAUUACAGGAUAAACUCAAAACAAUAACUUUUUAAUUUUCAAAAAUAAAGUUGCUUUUAACCCCAACUUGAGCUGAAGCUGGUACUUGCCCAAACAGCCCCGUAGCAGAAUGGUAUGUAGCUCUGAGAUACAAGUUCUGUCGGUCCCUGGAUCAAGAGCAGAAUUGUAGCUGGCAUGUUGGACCAGUGAUGUAGGAUAUUCUACUGAUUCAACUCUGCCAUCAAUUCAAUGCACUUCCCUCAUAAACUCAGCCCUAGAAUUGAUCUCCAUAUAUCAUGAGGGCUCACAUUUUCAACCAAUCAUCAUGAGUUGCCAUCAUUUGAAAUGAAGGCAGAAAGUGCUGAAAGUAUCCAACUGGUCUGGUAGCUUUCUAUGGAAAGAGUAACCAAAGUAACUCUUCAGAUACUUGAGCCUAUCACACCUACUGGGGCAUAGGCUUGCCAGUCUUCUGCCCUCAGCUAUUCUUUCACGUUGUUUCCAAGUAGCCCAUUGAAGAUCCUCCCUCUCCUAAGAAUGAGAUCUUUGAAGCUUCUGUUGGUGUCUCUAUAGCUUUUUUUUUUCACACAGGAUGGUGUUGCUAGUCCCUUGCCUAUCCCUUCUCUCACCACUGAGUUGGACCAUCCAUGGCAGGUUUAUAAAAUAACUAUUCACAUAGCUCCUCCUCUGCUCCCCAACAGCCCACUACAGCAAUUAUGGAGAUACUUUGUAAAAAUGAAGCAACUGACUCAUUUUUUUUUGUUGCAAUUAUUCAAGCCUCAUCUGUGAGGAUAAAUGCUGUAGUCCAACCAGCUUCUAGCACAGUUCUCAGUCACAACAGUAUUGUCAGUUGUCCUUGUCUGAUCUGUGUAACCUGAUGCUGUGGUCACUCAGGGGUUCUGAGUUGGCGUAAUCUCAGCCAGCCAGUCCCAAUUCUGUGCAGAGCUGAUGCUGUCACCCUCAGUCCACAGGCAACGAGCAGGAUUGCUCAAACCUUUCCCCGCUGUGUGUCUUGGAGAUUGGGCGUUGGUUUGAACAGAUUUUUCACCCUCCUGGACUACACUUGCCGACACUGCGGGACAUAGAGCUGUUCAGCUGGUGUUUGAGGACCAGGGCCAAGUCCUCAAAGAGAGCAGCAGGGUGACACUGGAGGAGGGGGCAGGUAGAGAGUGUGACCCUGGCUUGAACACAGUUUGUAGUGUGUGCCUGGAGACUACUUUCAGUCUCAGCCCAUGGGUACCUGAAAUCGGGCAGGUAGGCUGAGCUGGCAAGUACAAUUCUGCAGAGACAUGUAUCCAUGGGAAGGGUUGCAGUUAUUUUAUAUGAAUAUAUAUAGAUUAGUUAAAGAGUAAUACAAGAUGCUGGAGGAACUCGGGCAGCAUCUAUGGAAGGGAAUAUAUAGUCAAUAUUUCAGGACUGGAAAGGAAGGAAGAGGAUGCCAGAAUAAGAAGGAUUCCUCAGACAUCCCACCUGUUCUGGGAGGCUCCCACAUACUGAUAGCGGCUCCCUGACGCCCGCAAAUUAUAUACAAUAUCCCGGAAAUCAAUUCUUUUUUUGGAGAGCGAGCGAGAGGGGUGGAGAGAGAGAGAGAGAGAGAGACACACACACAGAGUGAGUGACAGACGUAGCGAGAGAAUGACAGAGAGAGCAACCUGACAGGUUUACUCAGCACAAAGAGAGACCAAUCAGUUUUCUCUAUGGGUAGGCUUUACAGUUGACCUCUCUCUCUUUUAUUGUCCAUCAGUUCAGUUUAGUGUUCUGCAGCGCCAUGGCAGAGUGUUCCAAAAAAAGAAAAUAUAAAACAUACUUCACCCCAGACUACACAAAACUGUACCCCUGCCUAAUAGGGGUUAAAAGUAAUGACAGUGUUGCUUGUUGCACUGUUGCAACAGUGACUUUUCUAUUGUCAUAGUGGGUUAAAUGACUAAAAGACAUGUUGAGGUGAGUUUAUCAGGUGUCAUUUGUUCAUUAGCAUAGCUAACGUUAUUUAAACUAGCUGGCUAGCUGCUCAGGAGCUACUCUGUUGAUGUCCUAUGUGAUGAGACCAAGCUCCCUGUAGACUUGCUUGAAGUUGUAAUGGAAUAAAAAAAAUGACUCCAUGAUAAUAUAUAAGUACAUAUUUUAAUGUCACAUUUUCUGCACAAGACAAUAUAAUAAGGAUACACCUUAUGCAGGGGGCCGGGGUCCCUGAAAUGAGUUUUUGCAGGGUGGGAUGUCUGAUUUCCCCUCUUCACCACUCACUUUCUUGCUUGUCUUCCUUCUCUCAUCCUCUCCCCCAAAUCACCACCUUAUUCUGGCUGCUUCCCCCUUCCCUUCCUGUUGAAGGGUCUUGGCCUGAAGUGUCAACUGUUUAUUCAUUUCCAUAGAUGCUACCUGACCUGCUGAGAUGCUCCAGCAUGUUCUGUGUUGCUAAAAAGUUCCAGCAUCUGCAGAAUCUCGUGUUUUAGAUUAGAUAAAGUGUAUUUUAUUUAAUCCAAUGGCUGAUAUUUUUCUUAUGACUUAAAACCAUUUACCCUAUGACUACGGCAUUUACAUUACCCACACCCAAGGCAUAGGAGCAGAAUUAGGCCACUCAGCCCAUCAAGUCUGCUCUGCCAUUCCAUGCUGGAUUUAUUUAUCACCAGUCUGGAUGGGACAACACCAGGUCACAGCUGGUAGAUGCUCCUACACUACACGGUCUGAACAUCAUUGAAGGAUCCCUUAGUGGAGGACAGUCUGAAAGGCACAUCCUUGCCCUUAGCCCUUUCCCAGAUCAAGACCCAGCCACCAACUCGCUGUUUACUGACCAUUUCUUGCACCCCAGUAUAAAACCCACGGACAGGGCAGUGUGUUAGAUGUUGGCCAGUUGGAUCUCGGCCAGAUGACCUGGGUCCAGAGCAGGGAGGGGAGAGGUGACACUGAGCCUUUGCAGCAGAUCUUGGUUGAGAGUAAGGCUGUGGCUCCCUCCUGUGGAGCAGCAGCAGUCUUGUCCUUUAAGGCUUCAUCAAUGACACUUUAAACUUGGGUUGGGAGGAAGCAGUUUUAUCUUCAGCCCUGCAGUGAUAGUGAUAGCUUGGCACAUACCACCUCUACCUCAGUCCUUCCUCUUUUUGACCAUCUCUUCUCCUCUUCCCCUUCCUCAUUAUCCCUACGGUGACCGUGGUCAACACCCCAGUGGUCUUGGUACUAGAGUCUGGGAAGGUCCCUGGGUUUGUCUUUGAUCUGUGCAAAAGCGUUCCCACCUCUGAGAUACCUGCCGGCCCUUUUGGGCCUCAUCUCCUGAAAGGUGAAGAUGGAUGUUAACUGUCCUGUCUCCAAACAGUCACUUGUACCUGGAAAAAUUACUCCAUCAAGCACCUGUCCUCCUAUAUCUGAGUAUUCCUUCGGUGUACUGUCAUCUUUUGGUCAAAACAAUGGGUGGUGGGGGUCAGUGAAAAAUUUUGUGCUCUGUGCCUCCAAGGAAAUAGAGACUUGUCUAGUACAGACAACAGCAAAUUAGACACAAUAAAAUGCCUGAAUUUUUGAAUUCAAUCACAAAAAUUGUAUGCUGCACAAUUAAUAUUUACAAAAAGGUUCAGAGUCAACUAGGCAGUAACUCUGACACUUCACCACCUACAUCCCUGUAUUAUGUAGGACACAAUUGACUAGGUAUCGCAUUAAUUCUUGUUUUGAUUUUUUUUUGCAGUUCUUUGAAGUUCUGUACAGACAAUUCAGUGUGUUCUUAGAGACAAUGUUUUAAUACCUACUACAUCAUGUAUCUAGUGAAACCAUUUCUGUGCAAUUAUGUUUCCUUGAAUCAUUGUUAUGGCAGGUUUGUUAACAAAUAAUUUGUGUUUUAGCAUCACUGAACCUUUACAAUAGUUUAUAGAUGUCUUGAUGUUUUGAGAUAUAAAGGAUUCCCUACUUCAGUGACAAUGCCACUGUGAAGCGGGGUAGAUUGGUUUGUAAAUAUGAAUCUAUGUAAACAGAACUUGUCUGUUGCUGUGUUUUUAGCUCUCAAUUACAUUUGGAUUAACUUUGUUUUUUUAUUCUAUAUAUCAGGGAA